AUGAAAUUGGUUGAUAUUUUACUCUUACUGACUGUAGCAACAACCGCCAAUGCAAUAUUGAUACCGAGUGGUAACGAUCGUUCAACCCAAACAUCAGGCACUUCCAGUCAAGUGUCUGAUCCAACUGAUAAGCCCAGUCCAGGCACUUCCAAUGAAUACCAGCAAGAGCCAAUGGAUUUAAGUAUUUCUAACCGAUACCGGCAACAGCUAGUUGAUUUGACCAUUUCCAACAAAUACAAGCAAGAACCAGUUGAUGAAUCCAAUUCAGACACUUCCGAUGAAUACCAGCAAGAACCAAUGGAUUUAAGUAUUUCCAGCCGAAUCCAACAACAACCAAUUGAUCAACUCAGUCCGAGCACUUCCAGUCAAAAUCAACAACAACCAGUCAACCAUGACGAGUCUUCAAAUACUGUUACAAAUCAAAUAGCUGGAUUAAGCCGAAAAUAUCAGAUAACCUUUGAUCGUAUAAAGCAAAAACUUGCAGUGUCUAAAAAGAUACGAAAGGAAAAACACAAAGAAUAUUCUAGAUAUGCAGACCUUGGAUUGGAGCAACAGACAGCAUUAGCAAUCGGCAAAGAAAUAUCUGAAUCAAAGUACGAUCCAGACACUGAAAAGAAAUUGAAACAAGAGUAUGAAAAGGCAGGAGCAAAAAUAUCCAUUAUCAGACAACAAUUGAAAAGGUUUAUGAAAAGGCAUGGUUUGGAAUUUGAAGAACCAAAAGCAGAUUCAGAUUGA